AUGAUGAAUACAAUAAUAGAUAAAUUUAAUACUGAAUGUACUGAUUAUUUAAAUUCAGAAUUAAAUACUCGUUUACUUGCAACGUCAUCAAUAUCAAUUGAUAAAACAACAUCAGAAUAUUAUUUAAAUGAAUAUAAACAAUGUUUAGAUGAACAAAUGAAUUUUAUCAAUUAUAUUAAUGAACAAAAGGAAACAUUAAAUUCUUUAAAAUUAUGUGAAAUUGCUAUUGAUAGAUUUCUUGAACGUUUAAAAGCUAUACAUGAAUAUGAAUUAAAACAAAAUGAAAUAUUUGAACAAAUUUUACAUGAAUUAACAAAAAUAAAUCCUUCAAGUAAAGAAGAACGUCAACGACUUCUUGAACAAAUUGAUGAACUUAUUGCUUAUAAAACUAAAUUAACAAAUGUUGAUGGUAAUGAUAAAACAACAACGAAUAAAUUGCCAACAAAUUCAAGUGAUACAUUCAAAAAUAUUUUGUAA